AUGUCCCAAUACUACGGCGAGUCCCAAUGGCCCAAUGGGCCUGCGCAAAACCAGCCAAACUGGGACCAUCAGACGCCGCCGCCGCCAAGCCGGUCUGGGGCUUCGUCCGUGAACCCACGCGAAGAUGCUGGCGCUUUCUCCCACCAAAUCGAAGAGGUUGAUCGCGCCAUUGAUAACCUCGUCAAGAGCGGGAAGAUGUUCGGUGGAUCUGGGCGGCACUCGAGAGGCGUCUCCGGACACGGCGGCCCGCGAAGCCAUUCCGACUUCGGCGACGCUCGGGGCCCUCCGGGCCAUCACGGGCCCAAUUUGCAAAACUUCUAUGCCUCGCAAAGACACCAAAGCUCGCGCGGCUCCAACGAGGCGGAGCAAAUGAUGCAGGCCAAGCGAAGGAUGGCGGCUCAGCGGGAACGAGAGCUGCGAAACUAUCAUCAGGAGCAGCAGUACAACCGAAGCAACUCCCUCGAGCUUCCUGGCAAAGCUGAGCGGACCCUCAGCCCUGGCAACAUGUCCGAGGAUGAUCGCCGUGACCUCAUUGCCCGCCAACGAAGCGCCCUAUAUGGCGAAGGUACCUUCGUCGACGAGCACGGCACGAGCCGUCCUGCCGGGCCUGGCUUCUCUUCCGGACCUUCCAGCCAUCGAGGCCCGUCCCCCAUGGCUUAUGAUUACUCGCGCAGUGCUGCCUCUGUGACGGCAGACUCUGAGGGCCACGGACAUAACCGUACAGCCAGCAACGCCAGCCCCCAAUCGAACCCGCCGACCAACUUGGGCGUGUUUGACAACGGGAGUGGCCCCCAAGCUAGCCGCACCAGCAACUCCUCUCCGACUGGUGGCUCCCCACCUCACCAUGGCGGACCCUCUGGCAAGCCCAACCAGUCUGGAAGCACGGUUGCACCCAUUGGCACCCGCCCUUCUGGUGUGACACAGAAUUCCAACCCUGCCAUGGGCAAGCGCUCUACCACCCCCCUGCCCUCCCCACUGAGCCAGGGCUACUCCGCCGGCGAUGUUGAUGCCAAAGAUGGCGCUAAGGGUUCUGCAGCCGCGAACCCAGCCAGCGCUGCUGCGGAUGGUUACAACGGAUGGGGCAACCGCUCUGGUGUCUGGGGUAACAAAUCGAACCUCGGGGUGCAAGCCAGCGUCUGGGGUUAG